UUAAGUAAAAUAUUUCAAAAACUCAUACACAUCAACAGAGAAAAAUGUCUGAAACCAAAACGGAUAAAGUUGUCAGAUCACUCGCCAUGAGGAGCAAACUCACAAAUUUCCCCUUGAUCUUCGAAACACCCGAUAAACUGCGAACGAUGUCUCAAAAUGAAAAAUUUGUACGAAAGAUUGCUUUUGACAAUUGUAUCGCAGCCGAAAUGCGACGCCAAAAGAGUAAAUUCUUCCAAGAGCAGCAAAAGUACAUAGCCCAGCAACUAGAGGAGAAUCCUGUGGAGAUCGGUGGUCGCACACACUCGCCGACCAGCAGCCUUGAAGGGAAGCCUACCAAAUCUGCGCAUGCGGAGACGGAGACGGCUGACAAAGCCACAGCAGUACUAAGGGAGCAACGUGCCGCUUCUUGUCGGAAAUCACGCAUGAAUAAUAAGCUGAAAAAGGAAGCACUAAAGCAUCGCAAUGAUUUUAUAACUGCGAAAUUGGCGGUUACACAGCACACACUCGCAAGUGUAACGUCGAAAUUGCAAAAGGCGCAACUGUACCUGCUACGACGUGGCAUUGAUGAAGCGCAAAUACAAAAUAUUCGCAGCAUUUAUGGCGUGGGUAAUAUUACACUAGAUUGAGAAAUGGAAAAUAAAUCAAAUGACCGAAAAUCAACGAAUCAGUAAUAACCUAAAUCGGUGCGAAACGUUU